AUGGUCCAAUGGUUCACUCACGGAUGGUAUGACCCGUUGGGUUUUGCUAUUUGGAAAAGGCGGCAUAGUCCUCAGAUAUACAACGUAGGCCUUGGGCGGCAUGGUCUAAUGAGUCUACUCACAGACGGCAUGCCACCUACUUAUGAUGGUGCAGCUGACCCUGUGGCUCUGGAAGAUUGGUUAAGGGAAAUGGAGAAACUAUUAAUGGCAACUAAUUGUCCCGUUGCUGAGACGACUCAGUUUGCCGCCAAGCUGAAGGAGAGGUUUUACCCAGAUGAGUUGCGUUGGCAGAAACAGGAAGAGUUCCUAUCUUUGACUCAGGGGAACAUGAAUAUCCAAAAGUAUACAGACUGCUUUACAGAGCUUUCUAAGUUUGCCGCUACUGUCAUUCCCACUGAAGCUGAGAGAAUUAAGAAGUACAUAAAGAAGAUGGAUCUUAGGGUAAGGACCCUUGUGCUGUGUUCGGGAGUCACUACUUUCCAGGGUGCUUACGAAAUGGCCCUUAGUGUCCAUGCUUCAAUAAAGGAGGAAGAAACUGCUAAGGCUGCAUCUGUGAGGAAGCCUGUCCCUUCUUUUGCUCCUGGUUCUAGUUUUAGGCCGAGUUUUGAUCCGUCUAAGUGUCGGAGGUGCGAGAAGCCUAGUCAUCCGGGAAAAGAUUGUGAUGGAUCUAUCAUUGUUUGCUUCUACUACAGGGAAGUGGGUCACAAGAUUUAUGAGUGCCCUAAGAACCCGAGAGCUACAGCGAGACCUCCUGCUCCUCCUAGUCAUUCUGCUCCACCGAAGAAUCAAAUUUAUAGCAUGACCCAUUCUGACGCCGAUGUUCAUCACGACGUCAUCACUAAUACCUUUCUUGUUAAUACUGUCCCUGCUUUUGUGUUGUUUGAUUCUGGUGCUACAGUGUCGCGUCGUGAUGUGACCGUUUCCUUGCUGGGUACUAAUCUUCCUGCUGAUCUGAAGGAAUUUUUCAUGACUGAGUUCGAUGUCAUUCUGGGUAUGGAUUGGUUGUCUAAGUAUCGUGCCCAAAUUCAUUGCCGCGAUAAAAAAGUGACUCUUCGUAGUCCGUGUGGCAAGCGUAUCUCCUAUAGUGGAGUAGUGUUGAAGAGAGGGGUAAAGAUCGUGUCUGCUCUCAAAAUGCAGAAACUUCGUUAG